GUGGCUCCCUGCCAUUGGCUCAGUGCGAUGGACCGGCAACGCCGCGCACUAUAAUAACACUCAUGCCUGCCAGCGGCAGCGACUGCAAGUGCGGGCGCCCGGCGCGGGGGAUGCUGUGGCCGCUGCUCCUGCCGCGCGGGCGGCUCCCGAUGCCCGGCUGCGCCCUACAGCGCGGGCUCUGACCGCUCCCGCCCGGUCCCGCCCGGCCCGGCCCCCUUCUCGGCCGCAUCCUCCCGCGGGGCUCUACGUCCCGGCUCCGAUCUCCUGGCGAACACUGCGCCGGAGCCUGGGCGAGCUUGGCCGGCAUGCGGAGGCGGCGGGGCGCGCACCGCAGCCGGGCAUAGGGAACCCGCGUGCCCGCCGCCAGCGCACUCCCCGCCGCUCGCCCUGCCGCGAUCCCCAGCCCACCCUCCCGGCCCGGGCUGCGGCUGUGGGAGCGGGUGCGUGGAAGCGGCGGCUGCGGAGGAGAGGCGGCGGCUGCCCCAUGGAGUGUUACUACAUUGUCAUCAGCUCCACGCAUCUCAGCAACGGACACUUUCGCAACAUCAAGGGAGUUUUCCGGGGCCCUCUCAGCAAGAACGGGAACAAAACUCUGGACUAUGCUGAGAAGGAGAACACUAUUGCCAAAGCUCUGGAGGAUCUGAAGGCAAAUUUUUACUGUGAACUCUGUGACAAGCAGUAUUAUAAGCAUCAGGAAUUUGACAAUCACAUUAAUUCAUAUGACCAUGCUCACAAGCAGAGGCUCAAAGAACUGAAACAGAGAGAAUUUGCUCGAAAUGUAGCAUCUAAAUCCAGGAAGGAUGAAAGAAAACAGGAAAAGGCACUCCAACGUCUUCACAAGCUGGCUGAGCUAAGAAAGGAAACUGUGUGUGCUCCUGGAAGUGGCCCCAUGUUCAAGUCAACAACUGUUACUGUGAGAGAAAAUCUCCAUGAAGUUUCCCAAAGAGAGACUGUAGAUUCAGUUAUUAACCAGCAAGAUCUGAUUCGCAGUGAAGAAAAAGGGAAAGAUGUCACCACCGCUUCUGCAGAAACGGAAAGUGCAAGUAACUGCACAGCAAAUAAUUGCCAGCUUGGGGAUCAAGCUCAGGGCAUCCACAGACAUAGAAUUGGCUUUUCCUUUGCAUUUCCAAAGAAAGCCUCUGUGAAGCUGGAGUCUUCAGCUGCGGCCUUCUCUGAAUACAGUGAUGAGUCCUCUGUGGAGAAAGAAUUCAGCAGGAAAACCAGAUUUGUCCCCAGCACUUGUCAUCUUCAACUACCAUCGCCACCAUGUGAGCUCCUCACUUCUGAAGAGAAAGCUAACUCUCUUCACCCACCAGAGGCCGUGUGUACCGACAAAGCAACUGCUCCAGUUGAAGACAAAGAAAUCUCUAAUGAAAAACAUACACCGUUGGCUUCCAUUUGCCAGCUUCAACUCCCUGUAUGUUCUGAUGCAGAUACUUGCCAAAAUUCAGCACCAUUUGAAGAUCAAAUGUCAACGGAUGAUGCUAUUGUUAAUGAAGACAUACCUGUGAGUAAAAACAGCCCUGACUUCAUAGAAAAGAAUCCCACUGUGCCUAAUGACUGCACACCAGCACAAACUACCACAGAGGAAAAUGCUAAGAUUAAUGAUGUGGCCAAAAUGGAAAUUGGAAAUAGAAUUGAUCAUGAGCCAUUGGCACCUUCAAAUACUGCAGAGGAAAACAUCAGGUUGCAACACAGACCAGGUUUAUGUAAAAGACAGUGUGACCCAUUUGUACCUGUACUUAACAAACUUGGAUCUACCGUGCUUCAGUGGCCAUCAGAAAUGCUAGUUUAUACAACCACAGAGCCAUCGAUAUCGUACAGCUGUAAUCCACUCUGCUUUGACUUCAAGUCCACUAAAUUAAACAACAAUCAACAGAAAGGUAAACUGACCUCAAAUGACCUCAAUUCUCAACAGAAGGAGGACUUUUGCAAGAGGCCAGAUGCUGAUUGCAAUGAUGUACUAAUCGAAGGAGUCACAAAUGAUGAAAUUAGCAGUAAUACAAAUGAUCACACUAAAUUUACUGCUCUUCAGGCUGUCCACACUCUGUCCAACAGUUAUGAUUUAGAACAAAAUGAGAAUGUGGGUCAGAGGUAUAAAGAUAUUUCCUGUAAGAACAGAAAAACAAACAAAUACAAUUUUGCUAGAAAUCAAAUUAAACGAGAUACUCUAAAUGGGAAAUACAAGAAAAUCAGGUUGAAGGAAAGUCGUGAGCACUGGUUCCAUAAAAGUAGAAGGAAGAAAAAAAGAAGAAAGUUAUGUCACCAUCAUCCUGGGCAGUCAACCAAAGAAGCUGAAAGUUACUGCAAAGCGGAAAUGGAGAGCCGGUGCACUGAUGAGACUAGGAAGGGUCCAGAGGAACCAGUUCCUGAAAGGCAACAAAGGAGUACAGAGCAAUGGUCAGACUUACAUCAGCUACCUAAUGGAAGACCUAAAGCUGCAUCUAUAAAUGUAAGUGAAAAUGGAGAAAUGAAUACUACAUUGGGCCCUGAAUCCAACAACCAUGCUAUCAGUUCACAAAACCAUGAAGGAAAAGACACAAUAGUUGUAAAUGGACAAACAAAUCCACCAAUGAUGCAUCCUGGGAAACAAAACUUAACAUAUUCCAGAACUUAUUGCUGUUUGAAAGCCAGAUCAUCAAGCUAUCAAGGGGAUGACAGGUGCUUAGUUCCACAAAGUGAUAUGAAAGUUCCCAGUCAGAAUCAGCCUAUUAAAAGAGGUUACAAUUCUCUCAUGACUGAAUCAGAAAGAUCUCAUCGGAAGCGCAGACAACAUUCAUGUUCUUAUUCAUCAGAUGAAAGUUUAAAUCAACAGAAUAAGUUAGCAGAAGAAUAUUUGAGGCCGCUGAGUGUUUCUGUCACUCCCUGUCAGCCGAAGAAGAAACGAAGGAGAAAAAGAAGUCGAUUCCACAUUGGAGGUAGAACUUUGAAAAUCAAAGACAAUUCAGAUUAUUCCAUGAAGAACAGUUCUUCUCUGAGUCACCCAGAUGGCUUAGUAAAGGAAGAUGCAAAGGAGGAAAUAAAACCACAAGAUAAUAUAACUAUCGAGAAGAACUCAGAACAAACAGCGCAAACAGAAAACAAAGUGACAUUACAUCCUUACAACCCACUUCCUUCUGAAACCAGUGGCAAAGAUGAGCAUUCAGUAACGGAGACUACUCCAUGUGGCUUAUCACAGGCUUCCAAUGAUCCUUCUACACCUGUGCAUGUAGCAAGGGCCCCAUCAAAUGACUCAAAUGACAAUAACUUGCCGGAACAAAAUCAAAGAAACCAGACUACAAACAGUAAUGAAAAGCAGAUUCCUUUCAAGGUGCCUCAUACUGAAAGGAACUCUAGAAAUUCACAGACUAAAUCGUACAUUUGCCGUUACGAGCUAGCCGAGACCAUUCCACAGGGAAGGAUGACUGAGGCGUCAACAGAGUGGCUGUGUUACAAUCCCGGAAUCCUCAGCUCGCAACCACCACCACUCCAGUUCAAGGAAGCCCAUGUCAGCGGCCAUGCCUUUGUAACAACAGAGCAAAUCCUGGCUCCAUUAGCUUUACCAGAGCAAGCAUUACUGAUUCCACUAGAAAACCACGACAAGUUAAAACAUCUACCAUGCGAGGUCUACCAGCACAUUAUUCAGCCAAAUGUGCUGGCCAGCAAGGUCAAAUUGACCCUCCCUCCUGCUCCCCUGCCUCCUCCUAGCACUCCUGUGCAGCCUUUGCCUUUGCAGCGACCCUUCUGUUCUACCUCUGUUACCACUAUCCAUCACACUGUUUUACAGCAUCACGCUGCAGCUGCUGCAGCAGCAGCCGCAGCCGCAGCUGCAGGAACCUUCAAAGUGCUUCAGCCACACCAACAGUUUCUGCCCCAAGUCCCAGCUCUCGCCAGAACAUCUAUACCUCAGAUCUCGGUAGGAACUGUAGGACCUAGGCUUUGUCCCGGCAGUCAGCCAGCCUUGGUGGCUUCUCCUCAGCUGCCAAUCAUUCCCACCUCAGUUCUUCACCCCAGUCCCUUGGCUUUUCCACCUUUACCCCACGCACUUUUUCCUUCAUUGCUUUCACCACAUCCAGCGGUCAUUCCUCUGCAGCCCCUCUUCUAGUCGCCACCAUAAAGGAAAAAGAACAUAUACAUAAGAGUAGGUGUUUAUCUACGUGCAUAAUUGGCUACUUCACUGACAGAAUAAACUGGCCAAGGCUGGCCUUAUUGAUUUCAGAUCAUUUACUGUAAGUGUAAUGAUGCUAAUAAAUUAUUAAAAUUUCUGAUAUAUAAUAUUAUAAAAGCACUGGAUAGUUUGAGAAUCAAUACAAUAUAUGCUGUAUAUUAAAAUGAUGUCUUAAAAGUAUGCAUAAUGUACAUAAAAUAUAUUUAUAGUACUAUAAUUUAUGUUGUAAAGUAUGCUCCUUGUUUUUCUAAUCUUUGUGUAUUUGCACCUAUUUAAUGUUUAGACAAAGCUAAUGACCCUAUUUGUUUUGUAUCAUGUUCCUUGAAUCUGUAAAUUCAGUGAAAUAUAUAUCUUGCAAUAAAUUUUUGUUAAUUAUUUAAGUAAAUCAAGCUUUGGUGUUUAGGUGGUCUUCAUAGAUUGUGUUCUAUUUACGAUUUUCUUCUGCCCCUUGGUAUCAUGGAAUCACCAAGACCCAAAUAUUUUCAGGUUUUUUCCACACUUAAAUUUUGUCAUCAAUCACAGCAAAUAUAAUAGACAGUAUAUUUUUUUGAGUCUCCAUUUCUCAUAGCAUAGCUUAUAUUGAGAAUUUACUGCAUUUAUUAGCCAUGGUUUUAGACAUAGCCAUGGAUAUUUAUAUUUAAGCAUUUUUAGAAUUUGAAAGGGCAAUAGUCUAACAAUCAUGAGAAAUGUAUGUUAUUCCCCCAUAGGUAUACUAAAACAGAAAUGUCAACUAACAAAUGUGUGUGUUCAUAAAAAUUUUAAUAUUAAAAUUCUUAAAUGUUCAUUUACAAGUCCUAUAGGAAAUUUAUAUCAAAAUAUUAACAUGAGUUAAGAAAUAAUUUCAAUUUUAAUAAGUCACUAUUAAAUGACAACUUGAGAUUAACUGCAAAAGCACUAUCUGUGUCUUGGCAUACUCUUGAGAAUACAGAUGUGGGAAAAAAAAUAAAAAUCAACAGCUGAUCCUUCAGUAAUUCUUUCUAUGUACUCACAUUUGUAACAUCUUUCCCAGUCAGAUAGAAAUAACUGUAGACAUUUACUGAUUACCCUCCCAUAUUCUUCUUUAA